AUGGACUCCACGCCUUUACUCGCUGGCAGCAACGGCCUCGCAGGCCCAGCUCUUCUACAGGACCAUCCCGUUUUUCUACGCGCCAGCCAUUCUCCGUGGUGCUUCAUACCGCAAAACGUGCUCGUCUUCUUCCGCGGCCUCAUCCUUGCCUAUCUCAUCGCCGCUGCCAUCUUGGUUUUGAACUACGAGACUACGCAGGCUACAACUGAGACAAACGUUCGACUCUUCUUCGAUUUUGCCAUCAUCAGCGGCGCCUUGGUUCUCUUGUACUUUUUAAUCACGUUUUCGUGGACUUUCACCCACUUGUACUAUCCAGAUGCCGAUGAAAUCGAUGGAGGUAUUGAAUGGUGGGUCGUUAGUCUCAUGUCUCUGCCCAGAAACCUGGCCAGCUUGCGCAAGCAGUUUUACUUUACCCUGUUUUACUUUACUACUGUCGUCUUCUCUUUUAUGAAUACGGCAAUUUACUGGUUCAUCACGCGGCCGCACGACUUGGUGAACGAUGACGACGGCAACGAUGGAAGACUGCUUGCAGUAGCGGCAGCACCAUUCAGUGAUCUUUUUGGACAAGGGUGGCUCAAAGCCUUUGCCAUUGUCAACUUGUAUGGGAUCACGUCAAUCAUCAUGGUGAUUGAGAUACUCUUUCUCAACAGUAUCAAACGCCCCUUUACCAUUGGCGCCUAUCUCUUCGCCCUUGUUGUGUUAGCUGGCCUCUACCUCGGUUGGGCCAUCAUUGGGCAUGCCGCCACUGGCGUGUACCCCUUCUUCUGGCUUGAUGAAGCAGAGGUUGGCUCCCAAGAAGCGGUAACGGCAUACUGCAUCGGCUUCGUCCUUCUGGCCCCAAUUAUGUUCAUCUUCAUGCAGGGCUUCGUUGGCGUGCGAGAGACGCUCGUUCGACCCCACGUCAUCAUUCAAGAAGCCCCUCUUGGGGCCUAG